AUGCUUGUGAGACAUUCAUAUAAUAGUGUUACUAAUAAUAAAUAUGUUCCUUCAAAUGUUAUCAUCUCCUAUACAAAUAAAAAUAAUCAGUACAAUGCAAUGAAAAAUAAUCUGCAAAAAACUACUUACUUAAAUAAUGAAUCACAAUCUUUGGGUAUUUCAGGUAAAGAAAAAUCAAGAUCUCACGAGGUGUUAGAUAACCAGCUGAAUAUUCAUACCAAUGAACAUCCUCCAGAAUCUAACGAUAUAGAUUCUAUACCAGAAAACAUAAAUCAAAAUAAUUCGUCCGAUACUGAUAAUAGCACUAUUCCUUCUUCAGAUACUAGAAAAGGUGUUGAUGCUGCUACUACUAAUAAUAAUAACUCUAUUAUGGAUGUUUCUAUUAAUCUUCUCCUUUCUCAAGAUAAAAAUGCUAAACAAGCUAGAAAAGGUUUAAGACCUCUCUUACCCUUAAAAAAAUAA